GAAGAGGCCUGCCUCACUUUGUUCAAGGUGCGCUUUCAGAGCAGCAAAAAUGGCGACUUCCUUCUCCCAUCUUCAUAACAUCCUCAUUCUUUUAUCAGAAUCAAUCCGAGAAUCACUAUCCAGAACUUCCUACAAACCAUCGGACUUAUCCAACGUUUCAAUCAAACUUCUCCUUGAAUCGCUUUUACCUCCGAGAAACAGCCACGACGACUGCGAUGUUCAAUCCCAAUUGACGAACUUCAGCUUACUAUGUGCCGCUUUGGCUUCUUCUCAUACCUCGACGUAUGAUCAACUCUCAUGGAUUCCCGUUUCUCUUUCGAAUUCUGCGGAUUCUGCAUUUCGAGAACUAUGUAAAGCCUUUUCUGAUGAUCAGGAGAAGGACUUGGUAAUCGAAUUGAUGCCUACACUUUUGCCUUUGCUUAAAACAAGUAUCAAGGAAAGUUCGAUCGAUAAGGUGGAUGCUGAUGGUGAUGAGGUUUCUGCUGCCUCGGCAGGGGUUCCAGUUGCUUAUGCUAUUGUGGCUGCUUAUCAGCUUAAAUGGUUUGUCACACAGGUUGAUUUAUCGCAAUUGGGAAAAGUAUGUUCGUUGAUUAUUCCCUGUGCACUCACAGCUCUUGAUCAUUGGUCGCCAGAAGUGAAAGGGCAGGGAAUGAUCACCUUCAUACAUCUUGCAAAACAUGUGAAUUCUGGUGAGUUUAGUUUGUAUGAAGAUGUGAUCUUAGAUGCGUGCUGCCAAAAUAUUGCUUCCAGUGACGAAAUAUGGGAGCAUGUGGUUGAGAUGUCAGUGCUCCUUGUGACUUGUACGCAACAAAACAAUCCUCGUAGCCCAUGGUUUGAGAAGCUUGUAAAUGAGAUGUUAAGCCACUUAUGGCGACAACCAAGCUCUAAGGAACGCCGUAUCUCAUGGCUUAUGCACAUUGAGCCACUUCUCCGUGGCAUGGGUCUUGUAUUGUUAGCUCAUUUCAGGCGCCUUUUCCCGCUUUUCUUCAAGUGGAUGCAUGCUGAUGAUGAUGAAACUGUUCUACUGGUCCUGGAGCGUAUGAAAACAGUUAUAAAGUUCACUUGGAUACGGUAUUCACCAUAUUAUGACAGAUUGGUAGAUGAGUUGGUGAUACUAUACAAGGAUGCAUCACUCAAAGUUGAAAGACAAGAUAUACGAGCUCGUAUCGUUGACAUACUCAUCCUGCUUCGACAAUGCAAAGCCCAGCAGUUUGAAGCAGCUUGGGUAAAACACAAAGACGAUCCAAAUUUGCCAACACUUUUGAGUCCCAAAACACCAAACACUUGCCCCAUUUCAACUUGAUUAACAGCUGAAAACACCCUACAAAGACCCAACCAGUUAUGAUCUCUAGUUUUUCAAUGUUAGUUGAUGAUGAAGAUUGUAUCCAACCAAGCUGUAAGAUGAAAGAGAUUAGUUUUUUUCUAACAAGAAAAGGGAGUUGAUUAUGUUGCUUGUGUUUGUCAAAUUGCAAUGGAGCACAUCAACAGCCUUGUCCCCC